AUGAUACUCAUACUUUGGAUAGUUCUUAAUUCAAAAUAAUGUGUUUUUGAUAAUCUAAAGGAAAGUUACUUUAAAGUAUUAUAAUAUUUUAAGUAUGCCAGAGAGAAAGACCCUGAAAAUUUAAAUUAUUAUCAUAACAAAGGCAUAUAUUAAAAUUCAUCUCUUAAGCGGCAACUUUAAUCUUUAGGCCAUUUUUUGAGAGAUAUUUCUAUUGAAUAGAUUAGAAGAGCCUCUACAAUAUUUUGA